AACCAUGAAUAACUCUAUAAAUAAGCAGCAGUCCAAUUCAUAACUAUUCGUUCAAAAGAAUUUGCAGCGCCAAACAGAAAACUCCUCUCUCAGAAACAAAAGAAUCAAUGGCGGGAAUGGAUUCAAAAAAACAAUUUCUAAACCUAAUUCGCGACUGUGUUUCGGAGAAAUCACGAGGAGAGAGAAGAUUGAUCGGAUUGAAGAAGAGAAUAGACGAGAUUAUAUCUGAUCUUGAAUCGACAAAUGCUGAGCUAGAACUGUCGAAACGGUUAAAAGAAACUGCUGAACAAGAAUUUAGAGGCUACGAAGUUGAACUAUCUAUGAAUGUUGCUUUUAUUCAAUCCCUAGAGGCAAGAAAUUCUCAUAUUCAAGACGACAUAUCUUCUAUUGGAUCAGAAAUUGAGAGUUUGAAGAUUGAAGCAGCUGGCUCUCGAGAUGAGUUUAUUUGGCAGAUGUUUGAGCUAAACACAAAGAUAAGGAAAUUCCAGGAGACUGUAUUAUCUGGAUUCCAGAAAGAGAACAGCAAUGGAACUAUAGCAGAACCAAACCAUGAAGUUGCAGAAAAGAAAUCUACUGAAACUGAAUCAAACGCUCUUGCGCAUGUUAUUUCUCAAACAACUAAAGAGGAACAAGAAUAUCUAGCUGAGCAGAAUAUUCUAAAGCAGGUCCAACAGGAGUAUAUUGGCCUUGAGAGGAAGGUAUCUUUGGUAGGAGUGAUAAUGAAAGAAACAAAAGCGCUGCAGGAUUUGACUAGAUAUCCUUGAAUAUUUUAUAUUGGUCAAGUUGAACUAUCAUAAAUUCACCAUAUUUUUGCUGGAUGGGGUAGAAUACAAACAGUGAAAGCAGAGAAUGUAUAAAAAGAAAGGUUCAUGUUUGAAUU